AUGCCCACGCCGCCUGCCUGGGACCCGGACGUGGCGUUGCAGUGGCCUCCGCCGUACCAUGCCUUGAUCGGCACGUACGCCUGCGUGUUUGCCAGCACCACAGGCGUGCUGCUGCUCUACGUCAUGAUGCGCCGUCCCAGGGCCUGCUACGCGUACGCCACGGGCGUGUCGGCCCUCUCUGCCGCCGCAAUGUGCGUGCGCUACGUGCGCCCAGAGCGCUUCUACAUCGCGCGCCUCUUGGACUUGUGGCUCGCGGAAGCCACGCUCGGCAUGUGCAUGCGCCUCCUCGAUGCGCUCAUGGCGCUCGUCGCACUGUCAGGCCGAGGCGCGUGGCCGCACCGCCCAGCAUGGCAGGCCUACAUGCGCGUCUCGCACAUCGCAUGGGCCUGCUCGGGCCUCACCGUCCGCAGCCGCCUGCUGUACUCGCUCAUGUACCUGCUCGUGUGCCUGCAAUGGGGCAUGUACGCCACCACGCUGCACCGACUCCGACGCGCGCUCCCCGUCAGGGAACGCGCGCCUGCACUGACGCCCACGACCGCAUGGCGCGUGUCAAUAUCGUUGCUGCAUCCGCCGCGCCCGCGCCAAGUGUCGCCGAACACCCUCGUAUACCUGCACGACCUGCUGGGCUCGGCCGUCGUCUUGUGCGUCCAGCUCAUGUUCCUCGUCAUCUACACAUACGCGGAAGAGCUGCGCGACUUUCACGCGUGGAUCGUCCACACGACGCGCCUCUUCUCGCUCGUGUUUGUGGGCCUGCUCAUGGCGCCAGGCCUUGUCCCCCGCUUCGCUGCCGCCAACUACCGCGCGCCACGAUACCCGACCUGUCCCUAG